AUGCAGUUCCCAACGCCCGAACGAAGACGCAGACUUCCGGCAAACUGUCGAUGGCCGCUGUCGCUUGUGCUGGUCUUGGUCACCUUUUUCGUGAUCUUUUUUGCGUAUAAUAGUCCGUCCCUGGGCGACUCGAACAUCCUAUCGAGUUACUCUCUUGAAGAUAUCAAGCCAUCGUCGGAUCCUCGACACUCAGACCUGAGGCGUUUGAUUCCGCAAAUAUACAAACCCUUCAUCCAUCCCAUUACUGCCGAGUCGUUCAUCGGCGACAACAACGUUGAAUACAAGCUCACGCAACCACCGCGAUUCACCAAGCCGCUUGGCAGGAAUGUUCUUCUUCUCGAUGUUGACACGCGCUCGCUGGAUGGAGAGGGCGGCAUGAUGCGCGACGAGAUUGACUACCAUGCUUUGACCCCCCAUACGGCCGGGAUGCUCGGCCAUUAUCUCUACGUAAGACGCUUUCUAGCAAUGAUCCACGGCUACGAUUACAAGUUCAUUCAAGCUCCUAGUUAUACGGACCGACAUCAAACAUGGGUCAAGGUGCCUAUGAUCCGUGAAGCUCUCAAGACAUACGACUAUGUUGUCUUCAUGGACGCCGACGCCGUCUUCAACCAUCACCAUCUGCCUCUCGAAUGGCUUUUCAACCACUGGAACAUCACCAGUGAGACCUUGAUAGCAAUGGCACUGGACCCGUCCAUGGAUUUCAACAAAGACGAGCAUGGAAACGUCAACCUCAACACAGGCUUCAUCAUCGCCCAGGCAAGCCCGCGCGCGACCGAAAUGUUUAACAUUUGGGAAGAUUGCGUCACCGAAGACCGGUACGCCAACUGCUCCAAGUGGCGCUACGAGUGGAGUCACGAACAGGCAGCAUUCAGCAACUAUUUGCGCUACGAAUAUUCAGGGGAAUCCGAGGUAAUCUCGCUACCCUGCGCAGAAGCGAACGGCUAUCCUAGCCGAGCCGAGCUCGGCUGCACCGGCGAGUUUGUGCGCCACUUCUGGCAAGAUAAAGGUCAGACCGUGUCUGCGCUACAGGACGCCGUGACCCAGUAUACCACUCUUAGAUUGCAUGAGCAAUUUCAUAACCAGCUGGAGCACACCCUCGUCAAUGCAACUGAUACCACGCUGCCGCUGCAAUCUGGCGAGGAAGUGGUUAUAUAA